AGGAGAGAUGAUGGAGUGUGUUGGGUUCAUCCUUGCUGUGAUUCUGCUCACCUCCAGCAGCUGCCAUGGCCUCUGCUGUGCCCCGCAAGGAGGAGGCUGCCCAGAGCUCCCCAGAGGUGGAGCAGGAGCAGGAGGCUGCAGUGAAGGAGGUGCCCACUCUGAGCCUGCCGAGCUCUGCCUGUGGUGUGGUUUCUGCAGCUGAUGCCUCCAGCAAGGAGAGCCAGCCCUGCCUGAGGAGUGAGUGUGCAGGGCAGGGCGUGCACAGAGUGACCCAGGCCAGCUGUGUGCAGCCCCACGUCACUGCAGUGAGGAAGUAUGCUGCCAAGGGCUUGGAUAAACUGGGGGAACUGGGGGAGAAGCUGCCACUCCUUCCAAAGCCAGUGGAACAGAUCCUCUCUGACACAAAGGAGCUGCUGUCAGCCAGAGUGGCUGAGGUGAAGGAGGCUGUGAGCAGCAGAGUGCUGGAGGUGCUGGAUGUCACCAGGGAUGCUCUGCAGGGCAGUGAGGGGGCUGCCACACCUGCAGAGACCAGCGCUGCUGGGCUGGGGCCUGCAGGGGGACAGAGGGAUGUCUGUGGAGCAGAGGCUGUGCUGGGGACAGCAGAAGGUGGCUCUCUCCCUGUUGGAAAUGAGGAGCUAGCCCAGCUGGCAGUGUGUGAGGAGGGCACGGCCGUGCCCCUGCAGCAGCACAGGAGGUGCUUUGUGCACCCGGGCUCUCUCUCGCAGGACCUGCGCCUCUCUGCACAGCUGCACUCCACAGCCAGGACCAAGCAGCUCUGGCAGGGCAUGCAGGGGGCCCUGGCACAGCUCCACUGCAUCCUCCAGCUGGCUGAGGCUUUUAAGCAAGGAUUUAAUCAAAAGCUUCAGGAGGAGCAGGAGAAACUACACCAGAUGUGGCUGGACUGGAGUAGGAAGUAUCUCAGAGAGAGUGGAGAUGAAAGCCCUGUGGAGCCAGAGGAGCUGGAGUGCCUGACGCUGCUGAUGGCUCGCAGGCUCAGCCAGCAGCUGCAGCUCACCUGCUCCGGGGUGCUGGCUGCCCUGCAGGGCCUCCCCUGCAGCCUGCAGGACAGGCUGCAGCCGGCUCUGGCUGCCAGCCAGGAGCUGCAUGCUGCUUUCUCAAGGGCAAACUCCUGCCAGGAUUUGUCCAGCAGUGUCCUGAGCCAGGGCCAGAGGGAGCUGGCUGUGAUCCAGGAGUACAUGGAGGAGCUGCUGGAUUACCUGAAGAACAGCACUCCUCUGUCCUGGCUGGUGGGACCCUCCUCCCCCAGGGAGGAGGAGGAGGAUCAAUCCUCCCAGGAGGAAGCAGGGGCAGCAGGAGCUGGGCACCUGGAAACCUCCAGCACCCCCAUGUAAAGGAUAAAACAAUAAUGGCUGUUGGCAUUAAACCCUCAGUAAGGGGAAAGUGGAAAGAAUUGUCUUCCUAAAAGCUGCUUGUGCUGGGUGAUAACUGCUUGAAAUAAAAC